AUGGAGGGGCUCGUCCUAACCCUGUGCACCCUCCCUCUGGCUGCGGCGUCUGCUGGCUGCGCCAGGACGCCAGCUCGGAACCUGAGCUGCUACCAGUGCUUCAAGGUCAGCAGCUGGACGGAGUGCCCGCCCACCUGGUGCAGCCCGCUGGAUCAAGUCUGCAUCUCCAACGAGGUGGUCAUCUCUUUUAAAUGGAGUGUACGUGUCCUGCUCAGCAAAGGCUGUGCUCCCAGAUGUCCCAACGACAACAUGAAGUUCGAAUGGUCGCCGGCCCCCGAGGUGCAAGGCGUGAUCACCAGGCGCUGCUGUUCCGGGGCUCUCUGCAACAGGGCGCUGACCCCACAGGAGGGGCGCUGGGGCCUGCGAGGGGGGCUCCUGCUCCAGGUGGGCCUCGGCCUCCUCAGGGCCCUGUUGUGA